UCGCUGCAGCCGCUGCCGCUGCGGCCCGGCUCGUUCCCGCCCUCAGCGCUUCAGCAGCCCCCACCUCCGGGAGCGGACCAGUUGCUGGCCUGGCUGCUAAGUGACCUGGCGCAGGCCUCCCGCCGCGCGUCGGGCGCCGCCAUCAGCGCGCCGCCAGGGGCCGGUCCGCUGACGCCGGCCAAGCGCCAGAUUCGCUACCACCAGUGCUACUUCAACCCCAUCUCCUGCUUCCGGAGGCGGAAGUGAGCAAUGCCGCCGCGCGGAGCGGCAGUCGCGGCGGCCGCGGCCUCCUCGAGAGGCCCUGGUCCUGGCGUGGUCAGGCUGAGGUGAAUCCAGCCGAAGUCCGCCUCCGAACCCGGCGGGCGUUGGUAGGGUGCAGCCAAGGAGGAGUGCACUCGACGGGGAGGGAGGCAGCGACACCGUCGUUUGCCUCUCGCUGACUCCUUCCCCCGCAUCAUUCCAUCAGAGGGCGAUAUUUACGUACCUUUUUCGUGACUUUGUAUCGGCCUACCGUGGUGGUGUUGUCAAAUAAA